AUGACUAACAACCACAAAGUUGUUCAAAUUUUUAGCAUUAAUGUUGAAAGUGAUCAAGAUUAUCAAAGAUAUGCAUCUCGCCGGAAGUCGUCCGUUGUCAGAGAGAUAUCAGACCGAAUUCACUCAGUACUGAACCGAGAAGAAGAAGAUGAUACUGACCAGUCCGUUGAUGGAGUGUUUCGAUUCAAGUGUCAGCUAGACGUCCAAGAUGUCAUCCCGAGCAACGGACAGACAUCAGUAGAGGCGCAUCAUUACGAGAGAAGGGGGAGUUCUGUUUUAAGAGAACAAAGCGAUACAUUACCAGGAAAAGACAAGCAAAAACCUAUAGAAUUCAGAAAAUGGUUUGUGUUGGUGAGCAGUUUUGUUAAUAUGUUUAUAACCGGUGGAUUUCCUUUCAAUAUGUCUGUUCUCUUUGUGGAGUUUUUACAAGCCUUUGGAAGAACCAAAGCGGAAACAUCUCUGGUUCAGUCUGUUUGUACCGGCUUCUUUUUUAUUGGAGGUCUAGUUACUGGCACCUUAGUUUCAAGGUUUGGAACAAGAAUUUGUGGAUGCUGUGGAGCUUUGCUGUCAGCUGUUGGAAUAGGAGUCUGUUUUGUAGCCCCAAAUCUAGAAUUUUUAAUUGUUUUCUUAGGAGCAAUGGCAGGCGCUGGAUUUUCUCUAAAUGUUAUUUGUGCAUCAACGAGUGUAUCUCAAAACUUUUCUCAAAAGAAAAAAGUUAUGUUUCUGGCAAUUAUUUCUACCGGUUCAGGCGUUGGAGCACUUAGCUUUCCAUUGAUGCUCCAGUAUUUUACGGAUAUGUUUGGUUGGAGAGGAUGCCUUCUGGUCAUUUCUGGACUUGUUUUUAACCAGUUUGCUUGCGGGCUGAUGUCAGGUCCAUCCUUCAACACCAAAACAUCAAAGAGUCUAGAUCCCUAUGACGAUCAUGAAGUUAAAAAUGAAAACAAAGGAUCGCAAAAUAUCUGCUUUUCUAGGUUUCAAACACUAAUGAAAAACAAAGUGUUCUUAGCUUACUGUCUUUCUUUAGCAUUUGUGUUGACUUCAUUUAACUCCUUUCUUAUUUUCUUCAUAGACUAUUUUGAACAGAAAGGAUUCGAAAGAACUUCUGUAGUGUGGUUAUAUUCUGGUAUGAAUAUCAUAAGCUCCGUAUUUCGGUUUAUUCCUGGGUUAAUGGCCCAGAGCUCAAAGCUUCCAAAACUAGCUAUACCGGCAAUAUUUUCAGCUGGCGGAUCUGUUGGACUUGCUCUCCUUCCUCUCAUGAAUUCCUAUUUAUUCAAUGCCAUCGUUGUCGCCUGUUACGGCGCAGCACUAGGGGGAGUGGUGACGGUUAUAUCAAUUACGACGUUGGAUCUAGUUGGUGACGAGAAUUACCCGACUGGAUUUGGAAUGCUUUUAGCUGUAAUCGGUUUCGCUAACACUGUUGGCGCUCCAGUAUCAGGGUAUUUUCGAGACAUCUCUGGGUCUUACAACUACGGAAUAUUAUCGGGUGCAGGAAGUUCAUUCUUGGCAAGCAUAAUAUUGACUUUCGCCGCGAUAUACCAUAAACAGCAUGGCGAGGAUCCUAUGUCCAAAUUCAAUAUGGAGAUAGAAGUCCAGGCGCGUAGGAAAUCCAGACGACGGUCUAGUAUUCUACCCUGGAGGAGAAGUGUUGACUUUGGCUUUGCUUUGUGAUCAUACGAUAGGGUGCAAUGGUGCUCAAUUUGGGAAAGUCAAACGAAACUUAUAAGAGAAAUAAUGCAAAGGGAGACAUUUUAGUGGCUAUAUAUUAAUAAUAUUAAUACCUCUAAUGAUAUAACAUGUAGGAUUAACUGACACACCUAUUGCAUCCAUGAGUGAAAUAUAUGAAUCAGUAGUCAAGUACCUUAACCAUUAUGGUAAAAAGAACACAAUGGUACGUGUUAUUUCAUUAAUGGAUAGCAAUGAUGUCUACAAUGAUAAAUUUUUGGUUGUGGACAAGAGCAAAUUAGAUCAAUGACGAUGCAAACAAUUAAUGUUUCAUUUAGAAUGUUAAAUCGUCCACCAAUAGUCGAUUUUAUAUCACUAGUUGGUUAGUAAAAGGGGUCUACCCCCAAUUAAAUUCUAUGCCAUCUGAAUGAUGUCGCUCAGGGAACAAGACUCGGGUGCAAAACGUAAUUUAUACUUAAAAUUGAAUACCUCUUAUGUAUAUUUGCAUCUAUUUUUACAAUGGAUAAUGCAUAUACAUGAACUAUGUACUCGUAGCAUAUGUAUCUGAAAAUCUUUAAAGCCAUAUAUAUGGCAAAUUUUUGAUAAUUUCAUAUAACCAAAAUUAAAAAGAUCUUUCUA